AUGCCUGAUAUUCGAUCCUUCUUCACGCCAAAGGGUGGUGCAGCCCCCCCGAAGCCCGCGGCCGCCAAACCAGAGCCACCAGCGGCCAAAGGCAAGCGAGGGAAGAACCGGAAAGUUGUUGAAGAUAGCGAUGAUGAAGCUAUAGAAGAAACAGAGCCCAAAGGUGUAGCCAUAUCCGCCGAUGAUUAUUUCGCCUCUUCUAAAGACUCUAAAGCGACCAAAGCAUCUCAAACACCCAAGAAAAGUGCCACCAAAUCCACUGUCGAAGUUGACGUCCCUGUUCGAUCUAGUCCGCGAAAGAAACCCGCAGCAACGGCAGCUGCACCAGAAGAAGACGAGGAGGGAGACAUAGCCCCUCGGUCCAAAAGAGCCAGGACCUCGUAUAAGCCGGCUCCCGUUCGCGAUGAUGAGGAUGCAUACAUGGAAGAUGGCGACGAGGAUGCCGAUGAUAUAUUCGCUGCUGACGCUAAGGGCCGCAGCAAGCGUGGAAAUGACGAAUAUGAAACGGAAGAAUCUGAAGACGAAGUUGUCCCCAAAUCUAAAGCACGAGGACGAGCUGCUCCCCCUGGAAAGAAUUCUGCAGACAAACCGACGGCCAAGGCCACACCUGCCGGCAAGAAGCGAAAGUCCCCGGAACAGGAAUCGGACGAAGAGGAAGAAGAAGUACUACCUCGAAAGAAACCUGCAGCGAGCAAACCACGCGCACCUAGAGCGAAGAAAGCAGACGAACCUGAGGAUGAGGAUAUCCAGAACAUCUUAAACAGCGUGGCUACUGUAAGAGCGCCAACACCACCACCUAAAGAUCCCAACGCGAAAUUCGAUUGGAGAAAGGCUGCCGCGGGCGGCGGUAAUGCUUCCACACAACCCGCCCAACCUACCGGAGAGCUUCCAGAAGGCGAGGAAGAGUGUCUCAGUGGAUUGACUUUUGUCUUCACCGGCGUGUUGCAAACCAUUGGCCGCGAUGAAGGCCAGGCACUAGUCAAGCGAUAUGGUGGUAAAGUUACUGGUCAACCCAGCAGCAAAACCAGCUUCGUUGUUCUCGGAGACGAUGCUGGGCCCAGUAAAUUAGCCAAGAUCAAAGCAAAUGGUAUCAAGACCAUUGAUGAGCAUGGCCUUUUCGACCUGAUUCGCAAACUUCCGGCAUUUGGUGGUACAGGCAAGGGCGCCCAGAAAGCACAAGAAAAGAAGAAGGCAGAGGAAGAAAAAGUGAAGCAACAGAUUGCGGAAAUGGAGGCGGAAGAGAAAGCAAAGAAGCUGGAAGCGGAGAAACUAGCGAAGAAGAAGGCCGCGUCUCAAGGAUCAACGAGCAGCGCCGCGGCUCAGCCUGCACGAGCACCCGAUAUGCUCCUCACUUCCAAAUAUGCGCCGACACAGCUAAAUCAAAUAUGUGGCAACAAGGCGCAGGUGGAAAAGAUUCAAAACUGGCUUCGAAACUGGCCAAAGUCAAAGAAGUAUAAUUUUCAGCGGCGUGGCGCGGAUGGCAUGGGAGGCGAGCGUGCCAUCAUUAUAUCUGGUCCUCCUGGUAUUGGAAAAACCACAGCGGCGCAUUUGGCGGCCAAGCUCGAGGGCUACGAUGUUUUGGAGAGCAAUGCGAGUGACACACGAAGCAAGAAGCUUGUCGAAGCUGGGGUGAGCGAUGUUAUGAACAAUACUUCAUUGCUGGGAUUCUUCGCAGGAGACGGUAAAUCAGUGGAUAACGCUAAGAAGAAGAUUGUACUCAUCAUGGAUGAAGUCGACGGCAUGUCGGCUGGUGAUCGCGGAGGAGUUGGCGCCCUGGCCAAAUUCUGCAGGAAGACGGAGGUGCCGUUGAUCCUGAUCUGCAACGAGCGCAGGUUGCCAAAGAUGAAGCCCUUCGACCACGCUGCGUUUGAUGUAAGAUUCAACCGUCCGACGGUCGACCAAGUACGCUCCCGUAUCAUGACAAUCUGCCACCGAGAAGGCCUAAAACUGCCACCACCAGUUGUCGAUGCUCUCAUUGAAGGGAGCAAUAAGGACAUCCGCCAGAUUAUCAACAUGAUUUCCACAGCGAAACUCGACCAGUCAUCAAUGAGUUUUGAUCAAAGCAAAGCCAUGUCUAAAGCAUGGGAAAAGCAUGUCGUCCUCAAGCCGUGGGAUAUCUGUCAGAAGAUGCUUGGCGGCGGACUCUUUGCUCCUGCGAGCAAAGCAACCCUCAAUGACAAGAUUGAGCUCUAUUUCAAUGAUCAUGAGUUCAGCUUCCUUAUGAUCCAGGAGAAUUACCUCCGCACCAAACCCAUGGCCCUGGGGGGUAAGGGAUACACCGGUCGAGAAGCCACUUUAAAAGCGCUUGAGCUCUUUGAUCAAGCUGCGGAGAGUAUCAGUGAUGGUGACUUGGUGGAUCGUAUGAUCCACGGACCGCAGCAGCACUGGAGUCUGAUGCCUACACAUGCUGUUUUUAGCACUGUAAGACCUGCCAGUUUCAUUGCUGGCCAGUUGCUGGGAUCUAAUUUUACCUCGUGGCUUGGAAACCACAGCAAAGCUGGGAAGCUGGGUCGAUAUAUCCGAGAAAUUCACUCUCACAUGCGGCUCAAGUCAUCUGGCGACCAUACCGAGGUUCGACAAGAGUAUUUACCCCUGAUGUGGUCCCAAACAGUUGAUCGACUGCAGAAAGAAGGUGGUGAAGCCGUGGGAGAAGUGAUUGAUCUGAUGGACAGCUACUAUCUCACUCGAGAAGACUUUGACGCUAUUCAGGAGCUCGGAGUUGGCCCCAUGAGCGACGAAAAUGUCAGUAUCGAAUCGAAGACGAAGGCUGCCUUUACUCGAACAUACAAUGCCAUGAAUCACCCACUACCAUUCAUCAAAGCCAGCAAUGUUUUGGCUCCAAAGAAGCUGGCUAAGGAGGCUCCAGAUUUGGAAGAAGCUAUUGAAGAGGCAGAUGAUGCAGAGGUCCUGGAGUCGCCAGAUGCCGAAGAAGAUGACGAAAUUGAUCUCAAAAAGGACAAAUACAUCAAGCAACCAAAGGUUAAGAAGCCCUCAAAGAAGGCUGUGAAAGCCCAGACCGCAGAUGACGGUGACAGUGAAGAGGCCAAGCCAAAAGGCCGCUCCAAGGCCAAGCCAGCUGCAGCAAAGGGAAAAGCAAAGAAAUGA